CUAUCGUGUCAACUGUCAAAGCUUUUAUAUUUAUUUUUACAUUAAUUUGUUUAAUUUUAGUUUAUUUAAAAAUUUGAAUAAAUAUAAAAACAAUGUUCUGCCCACACAAGAACUCUUACUUGCAAUUAACGUGCUCGGUGGAUCCCCGCGUCAUCAACGCGGCGGUGGACAGAGCUAUGCAGGUUAAGAAGUUUGAUCCUCAUACAGAACGCCCGCCAGCACAACGUUUAGAAUCAAUGCAGCCAUCUCUAUUUGCCCCUCACGUUGACAUCACACGCGCUACUCUUGGUUUCGGGCGGACUGGGCUGCGUCUGCUCGUUAGAGACCUACACUCCCCAGACCCUUUAAUACAACUGCAGGCUAUACACAGUGUGCUCGAUCAGGUACAAAUAUCAGAGAACGCGAUGUUUCUAAUCCAAUUACACGUCGCACAUCGACUCGUCGAUUUGAUGCUGGAGAGGAAUCCUGUCAUCAGGGAGAAAGUAUGCAACAUCCUAUCACAUCUCGCCAACUACUACCAAGGCAGGAGACAUAUACUCACCAGACCUGUCAUCAUCAGCAACUUAAUGUGGCUCCUCAUGAGAGGUAGAAAGGAAGUCAGGUAUGCAGCGGGACACACUUUAUGCACUUUAUCUAGACAUCUCUGUUGUUGCGAAGCUCUCAUGAAAGAAGAUGAAAUCAUCGACAACCUUCUAAAGAUGAUUAGGAACGAUCAUGUCGGGAUUGUUCUUUUAUUAUUGGAGACGUUCAUGCAUUUAACUGAUUGGAAUCCUGAACCACCGUUGAAAGCCAACGCCUUCCAAGUAAUGUUAACAUUAUUUGAGCACGAAGAUCCUAGGAUUGUUUCCUCCGCGAUGGAUUGUAUGGCAAAAUUGUGUGUCCAUAGUGUUGGGAAAGAACUGGCUGAUAUAUACGAUAUAACAUUUGUAUUGAGACCUUAUUUGAACGGUACUAUCAAGGUUAAGAUAAGCGCAGUCGGUCUUAUGCAAUACACCACUUUGACUACAAGAUCUAAGUGGCGUGCUAAAGAAAUAUGUUACAGUUUAACUAAGAUUCUCGUAUCUUUAUGUCAGCAUACGAACAGUCCUAUACUGCAACUACGAGCUAUGCAAGUGUUAAUCAACUUGUGUGAUUGUCCUGAUAUACGUUACUAUAUGAAGUCUCAUUGGGAGAGGAAAGUAAAGAGGAUUACUAUCGGUUGUAUAGAAUUGUGGGACGGUACUGACGAACUAAGAACUUACGGCUUAGAUACGAGGGUUAGGAGUAAAUCAUUUUCAAAGAUAGAUGAACAUUCUAAUAUAGUUAAUUUGUAUACUUACGUUAGAAGAGUUGCGGCCGCUAAAGAACAAUUAAUACGAGCUAUUAACUGGAAGUCGUAUGAAUAAAACUCUUUUCUGUUGUUUAA